CUGGCAAGCCCACUGACUGAACACUCAAGGGACAUAUCUUGCUCUGUGAAUAACUCAUUCAAACGUUUUCGCAGCCUCUGUGAUGUCUUUUUACGCAGAUCCAUUUAAAACGUCUAGUGCAAUUGCAAUGGACUUUAAGGAGCUGGGAGGUGAGGACAACUGCGAAGGAGAUAAUGAGGGAAACGCUGAGGAUUUGAACAAUGUGAAAGCACUUACCGAAAAACUAAAGUUACAAACCCGCAGACCAUCCUACUUUGAAUGGCAGGAGCGCUUGCAGAGCCGACCGUGGAAGGAGAACCCAAAUGGUUUAGAUAAUAGUCAAGAGACUGCAGAAAAAUAUGUGUUUUUGCCUGAAGUUAUGCGGGAUGAGAACUCAGAUCUAACCAUACGCAACAUCUGUGGCUUCGAUACCAUUGAUGAUGCGUUGGAUUUUCUUAGAAAAGAGCUGGUGAGUGCACGUCUUUUUAAUGCCAAUAUUGACAAAAAAAAUCUCCAACUCUGAAUCUGUUAUUUUUACUUGGACAUGUUAGAAAUUAAUAAGGCUACACUAUUUCAGAUAUACAAUGAAAAUAUUCAACUCGAUAUGAAUCGGACACAAUGCGACUAUUUGACAAACGUAAUUACCAGGUAAGUAGUUACACUGGUUUGGGUUGGCUGGUUUGUGCUUCCUCAUGACUCAGGUGUGCCAUAACGCAGAGCCUCUAUGCCAGCCACCAGUGUCGUGUGAUGGAGACAUCAAUGGGAAAUAAACUUGUUUUCACUGUUGAGCUCUACUUGAAUGCUUGUCUGAUUACAGCAUGACUAUGUGCUAUCUUUGCAUCCAAAAUAAUGCAAACACACUAAAACAAUAGGGACCUUGUGUUAAUUUCAGAGCUGAAAAAUCCUAAAAUAGAAAUGCAAAUACUUUUUUACACAGACAUGUGUCAGUGUCUUUACACAUCAAUGACAAAAGCCUAAUCCAAGGAAACGAGCGCUUGAAUUGAUAUUUGAUUACUAAUCUCUCCCCUCUCUCUUUCCUUUCCUCCUCAAGAGGGAGAUGCGGUUCCAGGACAACCGUCUGGCACGCCAGCUGAUCCGUCUGCGUGUGGAGAUCCACCGGCUGAAGGUGGAGCAGGUGUGUCACCGCCACAAGGAGAUGCUGGACGACGCCACCUACGAGCUGGAGGAGUGUGGCGAGGAGUCCGACCUGCUCUGUGACAUCCCCAUGAAGGCUGCCUUUGCUCUCUCCACCACCCUCAAACACCUUGGCCUCACCAAGAUGAACAUCAACUCCCGACGCUUCUCCCUCUGUUAAAACAUAUCCCACCCUGUGAGGAUGGAGUUACUGUAUUAACACCUCUGUCUAAUCUACGCAGGGUAAUCAGGGGUUUUCCACUGCACAGGUUUCUGUUAUGACAUGAGAGGGAAGAAGAAUGGCUGGCAGAGCGUGCAGACAGUAAUUAGCCAAGUGGGAGGAAAUGGAAAUGACUCCUCUGAUCUGUGCCCUAGCCCUGACGUGAGAGAGACACAGGCCUCCAUAGUAGAGCCCUGGAGGGACACAGCACACACCCAUAGCACAGCAGCACCUUUCCACUGCACCUCAGGGAAGGUGCGGACUGAAAGGUCAGAGUAGAUAGACAGGGAAGAUAGUGAUGAGGUGUGGCUCUGGAAUGGAUAUGGUUUGAGUUUGGAUUACCAUGGUGUCAGAUCAAUUGCACUGUAUUCAGAUAAUUACUUAUGAUGACCCACUGACAUAUAGAAUAGGCCUGACUGCCAUGGUGGUACUGCAACUAGAGAUGUCUCUUGAGAGUUGCACAGGGGAAUUGUCUUUCUUCAGACAAAGAAAAAAUUGUCACAGUGCUAACACUCACUAACAUGAGUCCCAUACUUUAAUAACAGCCCAAGAGGAAGUAUGUAUCUCUUCAUACAGACACCUUAACACUAGUCACACCACUAGGGACAUUUGACAGCCCAGGGGGAAGCAUUUCUCUCCCCUCUGCGUUGGCAGAGUCCCUGUCCACACUCCCCUGGAAGCUGCAGGUCACGUUCCAGCAUUCUGUCACCUCUUCUUCAGAUACCAAAAAUAACAAGGACCUCCAUGGGGUCAUGGCUUCAAUGAUAGGACAUAAUUGGAGGCUAUGCCCUAUGUACUCCAUGCUUUUUAUUUUCCAUUAGAUGCUCCAGAUGUAGACAGACUACAGCCCAAUGUGCUGUCUUUGUGUUUUACAGUAGAUUAUAGGCUUGGCCUACUGCAGUGUUGUCCAAGUAAAAAAUUGUAUCAUGUUAUCAGAGUUUCAGCUGUAUUUAAAGGUAUUGUUCUCAGGAAGAGAGAGGAGGAGAAACUGAAAGUAUCUUUGGUGGAAAUUAGAGGGAAUGAAUGUUGAACAGGAUUUGGUGGGUGUUUAUCGAUGUUACAAAAUGUUAGCUAAAUAUACACAAAGCAAAAUGUAGAUUUGUAAGUGCUUUUAACGAUUACGUACUGAGUUUUCUACUCUGCUAAUGCAGGAAUAUCUCAAGGCCAUCAUUUAAUGUAUGAGGGAAAUAGAAAUGACUGGAGGCAGACUAGAGCUGUUUUCAAGAUGCUUGUUUUUCAAAGUAUUUGUUUAAAUGCACAAAAAAAUGC